GUGAGACUUUUUAAACUCACACCAGACUUUCACUCGCUUAUGUAUGUGUCAACUUGUAAAAACUCAUCAUCUACUAGUCUACAACUCCAUUCCCGAUGAUUCCAGUUUCAACUUCAAGCUAGAACAAACAGCAUCAGGAGCUUGGGCCUUUACUUUUGUUCCGUGACAAAAACGAUGUCGCUCAUGAUAACGUUGUUCGUGAUCCUUUUGGCGGACAUUGCCUGCACCAAAUCGGAGUACAUAGCUUACAACACUUCGGGGAGAAUCGUCCCCGGUAUGAUUAACGUUCACUUGGUCCCUCACUCGCAUGAUGAUGUUGGGUGGUUGAAGACCGUUGAUCAGUACUACGUUGGGGCUAACAAUUCAAUUCGAGGGGCGUGUGUGCAGAACGUUUUGGAUUCUGUUAUUUCAUCUUUGUUUGAGGACACGAAUCGCAAGUAUAUCUAUGUUGAAAUGGCAUUUUUCCAAAGGUGGUGGAGACAGCAAAGCGAGGCCAUGAAAAUUAAAGUCAAAGGGCUUGUGGACUCGCGUCAACUAGAGUUCAUAAAUGGAGGUAUGUCUAUGCAUGAUGAGGCAACCCCACAUUACAUUGACUUAAUUGAUCAGACUACUCUGGGGCAUCAAUUUAUCAAAGAUGAGUUUGGGAAGCUUCCAAGAGUUGGCUGGCAGAUUGACCCUUUUGGACAUUCUGCUGUUCAAGCUUACUUGCUUGGUGCAGAGUUAGGAUUUGAUUCUCUCUUUUUUGCCCGAAUUGAUUACCAAGACAGAGCCAAGCGGUUAAAGGAGAAGACUCUUGAGGUUGUAUGGAGGGGCUCUAAAUCACUUGGUUCAUCUUCACAAAUAUUUACUGGUAUAUUUCCUAGGCAUUAUGACCCUCCUGAUGGUUUCACAUUCGAAAUUAAUGAUGUAUCCCCUCCUAUUCAGGAUGAUAUUCUUCUAUUUGACUAUAAUGUUCAAGAACGAGUCAAUGACUUUGUUGCUGCUGCUUUAGCCCAGGCCAACGUGACCAGGACAAAUCAUGUUAUGUGGCUGAUGGGGACAGAUUUUCGCUAUCAAUAUGCAAAUUCAUGGUUCAGACAGAUGGACAAAUUCAUUCAUUAUGUUAAUAAGGAUGGGCGUGUAAAUGCUCUAUAUUCAACUCCAUCCAUCUACACUGAUGCAAAAUAUGCUGCAAAUGAAGAAUGGCCGAUCAAAACUGAAGAUUUCUUUCCGUAUGCAGAUCGUGCGAAUGCAUAUUGGACAGGUUACUUCACCAGCAGGCCAUCCUUCAAAGGCUAUGUCAGAAUGCUGAGUGGUUACUAUGUUGCGGCAAGGCAAUUAGAAUUCCUUAAAGGCAGGGGUGGUUCAGGGUCAAACACUGAUGCAUUGGCGGAUGCUUUGGCAAUUGCUCAACAUCAUGAUGCAGUUAGUGGUACAGAAAGGCAGCAUGUUGCUGCUGAUUAUGCUUUACGACUCUCAAUAGGCUACAUUGAGGCUGAGCAAUUGGUUGCCUCUUCACUUGCUUUCUUGGCAGAGUCAAGAUCAAGUACCGGACAUGGGGAUCCAGUCACAAACUUUCAGCAGUGUCCUCUUCUUAAUAUAAGUUACUGUCCUCCAACUGAAGCAGCCUUCACUGAUGGCAAAAGCUUGGUUGUUGUCAUCUACAAUCCUUUAGGAUGGAAGAGAGAGGAAGUAGUACGAAUUCCUGUCUCCACUCAAAAAGUUACUGUUAAGGAUGCUGGUGGGAGAACAAUUGACUCUCAGCUCCUACCUCUUUCAAAUGUGACGUUGGGCAUAAGAAAUCUCUAUGUUAAAGCAUAUCUGGGUAAAAGCCCCAGUGAAACACUUAAAUAUUGGCUUGCAUUUUCAGCAUCUGUACCACCUCUUGGUUUCAGCACUUAUGUUGUCUCAAUUGCAAAACAGACAGAUCGUGGUUCAACCAUUUCAACAGUUUACUCACCAAAAGGAAGUAUGAGUAAUAACAUAGAAAUUGGGCAAGGAAAUUUAAAGCUACUUUAUUCUGGAGGGAAAGUCACUCAUUAUGUUAACAACAGAAAUCUGGUGACAGAAACUGUUGAACAGUCAUACAGUUAUUAUUCUGGAUAUAGUGGAACUGAUAAAGAUCCUCAGGCAUCCGGUGCAUAUGUUUUCCGUCCAAAUGGUUCGUCUCCUAUAAAAUGGGAAAACCAGGUUCAUUUAACUGUUGUGCGGGGUCCUUUGUUGGAUGAACUGCAUCAAAAGCUUAGUCCUUGGAUAUCACAGAUUACCAGGGUAUACAAAGAAAAGGAGCAUGCUGAAGUUGAGUUCACAGUUGGGUCUAUACCAGUAGAUGAUGGGAUUGGGAAGGAAGUCAUAACUCAAAUAACCACAAGCAUGAAGACCAACAAAACAUUCUACACAGAUUCUAGUGGGCGUGACUUCAUUAAAAGGAUUCGAGAUUUCAGGACAGACUGGGACCUAGAAGUGACUGAACCAAUUGCUGGAAAUUAUUACCCAGUCAAUCUUGGAAUUUACAUGCAAGAUGACACCACAGAAUUAUCUGUGUUAGUGGAUCGCUCGGUGGGAGGAUCCAGUUUAGUGGAUGGUCAAAUUGAACUGAUGCUCCACAGGUCUGUUAUAUUUGCCUUAGGGAAAAUUGCUCAUUCUGUCAUGACCUCUAAUAUCUUUUUGCUUUAUAGGAGGUUGAUUUAUGAUGACAAAAGAGGUGUUGGUGAGGUAUUAAAUGAGACUGUUUGUGUCCAAAAUGAAUGUGAAGGCUUAACUGUUCAAGGUAAAUUUUAUCUCAAAAUCGACCAAUUAGGAGAAGGUGCCAAGUGGCGUCGCACAGCUGGGCAAGAGAUAUAUUCUCCCCUUCUCUUAGCCUUUGCAGAACAGGAAGGAGAAAAUUGGAUGAAUUCACAUGUAGCAACUUUUUCAGGAAUUGAUCCAUCCUACAGUUUACCCAAUAAUGUUGCUAUAAUAACACUCCAGGAACUUGACAAUGGAAAAGUUCUCCUUCGGUUGGCUCACCUAUAUGAGACUGGAGAGGACAAAGACUACUCAGUAAUGACUAGUGUGGAGUUAAAGAAGCUAUUUCCGGACAAGAAGAUAAGUAAACUGACAGAGAUGAACCUGUCUGCCAAUCAAGAAAGAUCCGCCAUGGAGAAGAGAAGGUUAGCCUGGAAAGUAGAUCGCUCUGCAGAAGCAGAAGGGAAGGUCGUGAGAGGAGGACCUGUUGAUCCUUCAAAGCUGGUAGUGGAACUUGCCCCAAUGGAAAUCAGAACUUAUCUUAUUGACUUUGAUUACAUCAAAAUGUUUGGUUCCUGAAAGAGAAGAGCAUGAUAGAGAUGAGCUGACUGAGAUAUAUUGAAAACUUCUCUCUUGUUUGUGUUUUUGUAGUUAUGGUUAAAUAAAUUGUUGUACUUUAAGGCUGAAAUCAUUAAGUAGGAAUGAAUUCCGACAUGUCGGUUAUAUUUUA